AUGAGUAGCAAAUGCGAUUUAUUAUUUGGGACAUUACCAGAAUUUGUUUACAAAUGUGGCGAAAGUGAUCGAAUUGCAGCUGUAUUUGAUCAUGAAAAAAUCACUUUUACAUUUACAGAUGUAAAAAAAGAAAUGGAUACAUUAGCAGCUGGCCUAUUAUCAAUUGGCCUUAGGCCACAAGAUCGUAUCCUAAUUUGUGGCUCAAAUACAGCUCAUUUCUUUAUUUGUGCAUUAGCAUGUGCAAGAGCUAAUUUAAUCUUUUCUUUAAUGAGUCCAAAUUUUGCAAAUGCUGAACAACUGAAAUAUGCGCUUGUUAAGGGUGAAUUUCGUGCUAUAAUUUGUUUUCCAGCUAAUCGUGAAGUUGAAUUUUUAAAUAAUUUAUUGAAUGAACUAUCACCAGAAUUAAUGUACUCAGUUAAAGGCCGUCUAUGUAGCAAAGUGCUACCAAAAUUAACUCACGUAAUUAUGGCUGAGGAAGAGCAUAAACAUGCUGGUACGUUUACGUUAUCUGAAAUUUAUGGACGAAGUAAUAGAGAGAAAGUUGAUAAAUUACCAGAUUUUACAACGUGGGAUACGCAUAAACUUGUAGCUUUGCAAUUUACAUCUGGCAUUUCAACAUCAGCAAAAUUAGUUGGCUUAACGCAUUAUCAAUUAUUAAAUGGUUGCAAUGCUAUUGUAAAAGCUAUUGGUUUCACUGAUUCUAAUUGCAUUUGUUGCGCUUUGCCAUUAUUUAAAAUGCCAAUUUUUUCAUUUCUCGGAUUGAUACCAUUCAUUGCAAAUACGCAAGUAAUAUAUCCAUCACCGUCACCACUUCCUAAAUUUCUCUUUGAAUCUAUCAAAAAAUUUCAAUGCACUCAUUUGUUAUCUAAUGCGGUUGCAUUAGGCUUAAUUUUACGAGUGGCACAAAUUCAAAAUGUUCAUUUGCCAUCGAUUGAAAAUAUCAUUUUGCUUGGUGAACGAGUGCCAUCUGAUCUUAUCAAAAAUAUCACCAAACAAUUUGAAAAUGUUCAAAAAGUUAUGAAUGGUUAUAUACUAACGGAAGUUGCAUCAAUACCAAUUCUUACCUGGGAUACAGCAAAUAUUAAAGGUGUUGGAAAGCCAUUGAACGAAUUUGAAAUAAAUAUUCGUAACGUUGAAAUUUUGUCAAAUUGGAAAGGUAAUAAUAGCAAUGAGUCAGGUGAGCUUUGCAUUAAAGCUAUUAAAGGAUCAAAAUUUCUUGGCUAUGAAACACCGUUUGAAGAAGAGUUGGAAUGGAUUGAGACUGGAGAUAUAGUAACAAAGGAUGAAGAUGGCAUUAUUGAGAUCAUAACUAAUAAAGAAGAUUUGAUUGUGGACAGUUCGGGUCAACUUGUCGAGCAUUGGAUUCUCGAAAAAGCAUUAUGUUCUCAUAAUGAGGUCAAAGGGGCACAGAUUGUUGCACUUGGCAAGAAACUUCCAUUGUAUGCAUUUAUUGUAUUAAAAAAUUCUCAAAUUAAUACUGAUAUUAUACUAACAGAUUUAAUUGCUUUAUGCAAAAACAAUAAGUUAAAUGUUCCAGCAAAAUUUGCAAUUGUUGACGACUUCCCACGGGUAAAUACGAAAAUACAAAAAUAUCGAAUGCGACAAAUGCUGGAAAAUAAUGAAAUACAAUUGAAACCAUAA